UCGGUUGCUGACACUCGUCAGUCUUCUGUUGAAGAAGGGAGUUUUGCGAGCCCCUACUACAGCUAUGGCCAGUUUGGCUUCGGGAGGGCAGGGUUCACCCAUACGGAAGAAGUUAGUCAAUGUUGGUGAUCGUACAUCUGGGAAAACAAGUUUGUUUAUAGUUUUCAGCAAAGGCCAGUUUCCUGAAGAGUAUACCCCCACUGUAUUUGAAAACUGUAUUACUGAUAUUGAAGUUGAUGGGGAACUGUUGGCGCUGGCUCUGUGGGACACAGCUGGCAAGGAGGACAGCGAUAACCUGCGGCUCCUAGAUUACCCUGACACAGACGUCAUACUCAUGUGCUUCUCCAUCGGUGACCCAGACAGUUUGGAGAACAUUCCAGAGAAGUGGAUUCCAGAGGUCAAACAAUACUGUCCAAGGGCUCCCAUCAUUCUGGUGGGCAACAAGAAGGAUUUGCGCUACAACGAGCACACUUGCCAAGAACUAGCGAAGAGGAAACAGGAACCUGUUAAACAACAGGAGGGCAGGGACAUGGCCAAUCGCAUCAAAGCCUUUGGCUACGUGGAGUGCUCAGCCAAGACGAUGGAGGGCGUCAGGGAGGUGUUUGAACUGGCUGCCAGGGCAGCGCUGCAAGCUGAGAAGCGCACUUGCCUCUUGUCAUAGAGGGAGAGAGGAUGCUGGGAAAGGGAGGGAGCAGGGAUGUGAUGGAGGCCAAACUAGAUGUAGGAUGGUAUCAGUAGGUUGCUGAAAUGUCACCAGUGAGGGUUGAAACGGAGCAGGAAUCAAGGAGAUUCUAAAUUAUUUCACCAUGUGAUGGGUUUUCCCAGAUCCCAUCACAAUUAAGCUUAUUUAGUCAGGACCACUUUGUCAAUAACAUAUUUUUAUUUACUAUUGCAUGAAAUACAUUCUUGGCGGUAUGUUCUGUUCUGGGGGCCCCCUGCCGCAGAGAGCAGCAAUAAACCCCCCAUGGGGUACAGAACAGAACAAACAUCAAUGACACAACAUUGAUAAGUCAGAAGUAUGAGGGGGUUAAGGGGAGGAGGUGGGUGGCAAAGUUGCAGAAAAAGCAGAUGGCAGCAGAUUGGCGGAGGCAGUUUAAAUAAGCGCUCUGAAUGAUCUCCGCCAAUGAAAGCAGAGCUUGGCCGGCCUGCACUCAGCUGGCAAUCACCUGGCAAUCAGCUGAGCGAUUAGAUUGACAGUCAGCUGAGCCAUUCAGGGAAGCUAGCGAGACUCAGUGACCUGCCUGAA